AAGGUAGCAAGGGAACAACAAUAACUGUGUUCCUAAACAGAACCCACCUGUCAUGGAAAAUGCCACUACGAAUGCGUCUGCGGAGUCAGAGGCAACACUAAAAGAGCGCUUCUAUCGACAAUUUCAAAAUGAAGUGAAUGCCCUUGAGAAACAGAUAGAGGGUUUGGGUACAAAUGCGCUUACAGGUGCUGAUCGUAAUGCCUCCAUCGAGAAUUGUCUUGCAGGAAUCGACCGGCUGUCGCACGAAGUCAAGGACGCUUCGAGCUAUCUUCCUGCGUACGACCGGCGGGCGUAUAGCAAUUCCAUCAAGACACUCUCUGACAAACUAGAACGGAGCCGCAAAGAAGCGGAGCCGCCUAAGAAAUUCAGAUUCAAAAGUGCGCGCAUUGCUCAGGCAGCCACUUCUACAGUCCCACGAAGCGCGGCAGAGGAAUCCCAAUCUACCGUGGAGUCCAGCUCACAGCAAACGCCUACCUCUCAGCCAACGUUUAAGGAAGAGCAAAGCGCAACGAUCUUCCACCGGAACAACGCCUACAUCACCCUUCCUACGACAUCUGGAAAUUCUUCUCGAACAAUAGCCAACAUAACCAACAGUAUCAUUUUACCUCCUCUGUCUGAGCCUCAAACCGUCGCUUCCCCCCUAGCCAGCCUCAUCCUAAAAGACAUAUCUACUUCUCUCAUCAUCCUUCCUCAAAUCGACGGACCCAUACAUAUGACGAACAUCACCUCCAGCAUUCUCGUAGCAUCAUGCCGCCAAUUCCGCAUGCAUGCAUCCAGAGACGUGCAGGUGUAUCUGCACUGCGGGAGCAGACCGAUUAUCGAGGAUUGCGAGGGUGUGAGGUUUGCGCCCUUGCCAGAGUGUUUUACCACGCCAGAGAUGCGCACGAGACUGAAUCGGUGGGAUCAGAUUGACGAUUUUGGAUGGUUGAAGGCGGAACCCAGUCCGCAUUUCAGUGUACUGGGGGAGCACGAGAGGUUUCCGGAGCAGGCGUGGAGGGAUGUGGCUGAGAGAAAGGUAGAGAAGACUGUUGAGGAUGCGUUGAAAGCGUUCGGGAUCCUCAAGGAUUCAUGAGAAAAGGGCGGUUCUCGCGAAUCACUCAUGGUGAAACCGUUUGCCUGGAUAGCGAAUGACCAGCCAAUGGAUAAUCUCCGGUCAUACUGUUGGGCUGUUCAUAUGGUUAUAGCAGUGUUCCGCAGACUCUGAGAAGCUUAUGGGGUUCUUGUGGUUAUCUCCUGGCCAGCUUUGUGGAAUGACUUAGGGACGGAUUUCACCGGAAGGUCUCACCGGACUGUAUUGCACCGGCUAGAAGCAGCAGUCGUGGACCGGAAUUCCAUAUUGGUGGUAUUGCAAAAGGUAAUACGUCUUACAGACAAGGCUAUGUGUGAAUGAUGAAAGAAGAAUACUGUAUUGAUAGAGCAA